GUCCUUUUCUCUCCCCUUCGAAGAAGUCGUCCCUCGCAUCCUUCCGCGACGGUCAGCUUGACAGUAGCUCAAAUCGUCAAAUCUGGGGGAAAAGACUUUUUAGAUACCAGACGUAUGCAAUGCCUUUCUCGGUACAGUCAAACUACAGCUUCACACCACCUGGACAAACUAAGACGAUCACCGUUAUCGUGCUUCCGGAUAUUGGCUUGAGCCACCGUCGUCACAGCUGUGGGGAUUCAUAACGAGGACAUAUGCGGCUUCAGAGUAACAACACCCCCUAAUUGAAUAGGAAUCAUGAAGGGAAAGAGGGUCUGAACUGCUGUAGAUCUUUUUUUGGGUGGUCUGUGUGGAUCCAUGUUUAUCUUUUCCUUGCCCAGUUUAAGUAGAGCGGGGGUGCGUGUGAGGAGGCUGACGGCACAACUCAGCAGAGCAGCCAUGUCCGCCGAGAGGCAGAGCUCCACUGCGGCUCCCACUGCAGCCAUUCUUAUCAUUGGAGAUGAGAUUCUAAAGGGCUACACAGUGGACACCAACAGCACCUUUCUAACACAAGCACUUCGCAGACUUGGCGUCUCUGUACAGCGUAUAACCGUCAUACCAGAUAUACAGGAGGUCAUAGCCAAAGAGGUAGCCCUCCUCUCCUCUCAGUAUACACACCUGUUCACCUCGGGGGGCAUCGGACCCACCCAUGACGAUGUCACCUUGGAAAGCAUUGCCAUGGCAUUCCAAGAGGAGAUGUAUCACCAUCCGGAUCUCACCUUGCUGGUUAAGGAAUUCUUUGGGGGGACGGACAAAAACAGUCCGGCCAUGAAGAUGGCUAAGGUGCCCCGUUCUGCCAAACUCAACUAUGGAGUGGAUCCUCAAACUGGGAAACCACAACUCUACCCUGUGGUCAGUGUGCGUAAUGUGUAUGUGUUCCCUGGGAUCCCGGCUUUAAUGGAGAGGGCCUUCACGGGGCUGGAACAGCUCUUUGCUACUUCAGGAACCACCUUUCACAGUCGUGAGGUGUUUGUGGAUGCAGAUGAGACAGACAUCGCACCCACUCUGACCAAACUGCAGGCCAGCUGGGGCAAAAGGGUGGCUCUUGGGUCCUACCCCGACUGGUUGAGUAACUACAGCAAAGUCAGACUGGUCCUGGAUUCGGAGAGCCUGGAGGAGGUGGAAAAAGCCAGAAUACAGCUGGUGGAGGAGCUGCCGAAGGGUAGCGUUGUAACUUUGGUCAGAGAUUCGGUGUCCAUUGCCCCUACUGAGGUCCACAAACUGGCUGACGAUGCUACUAUGUUGGGAGUGAAAGUCAAGUCAGCACUGAAGACCAUAGAAGCUGCUCUGGACCAGUAUUCAUCCGAUCAAAUCUGCGUGGCCUUCAAUGGAGGCAAAGACUGUACGGCGCUGCUUCACCUCUACUACGCUGCGCUCAGAAGGCGGAACCCAGAUGGGAAAGACAAGGUCAAAGCUCUGUAUAUCCGCAUCGUCUCUCCAUUUCCAGAAAUGGAGAGAUUCCUCCAAGACACGACAAAAAGGUAUAACUUGGAGCUGAUCUCGGUGGAGGGCAGUAUUCGACAAGCACUGAAUGAGGUCCAAGAAAGGAGGCCGGAGCUGAAAGCUGUCCUGAUGGGAACCAGGAGGAGCGACCCCUAUUCACAGACGCUCGCCCCCAUGUGUCCGACCGAUCCUGGCUGGCCAGACUACAUGAGAGUCAACCCGCUACUCGACUGGACAUAUCAUGACAUCUGGUCAUUCUUGAGGACAUUAUACGUGCCCUACUGUAUCCUCUACGACAAAGGGUACACUUCUCUGGGCAGUAUGGAUAACACCCACAGGAACACGGCCCUUCGGAUGGUGGACGAGAAGGGCGUGACGCGCUACAAGCCGGCGUACCUUCUGGAGAAUGAAGAAGAGGAAAGAAACUGUCGGGCCUGAUGGGUUCUGUUAAACCAGAACUUGUUGCACAUGUUAACUCGUAACAAGAACAAUUAGUUUCUUUGUUUGGGUAUUUUACAAAAAUACCUCCUAUGUUGCACUGCUUUAAAAAGUGAGGCUGUUGAAUAAAACACCGGGUAUUGUCACCUUGUUUUUACGA